AUGGCAUCUUCUAGUACGUCCCAAUCGAAUCCCCUGCCCUUGUUUAUACUAACCUCUUUUUUCCCAGCACCCGCAAUAACCACAUUCUCCCCAAUCCAACAACCAUCAGGUUCAAUAACCAAGUUGAUACCAGGUUUAUCAACAUUCACCAACCUCAACACAUCCUCUGUAUCCAAGCCUUCAAAAAUCGGUGCGGUACCGGUAUACAGUGAUCGUGUGUCACAGGUGGCUAGGCAUCAGCGUCAAGCGGUGAAGCAAGAAGAUGGUGAAGAUGGUGAAGGUGAUGUAAAGCUAGAUGUUGCAAAGACCCAGGAAUAUAAAUUGAAACAUUUUAAGGAGUUGAAAGUUUUCAAGCCACAAGGGCUGAAGGAUCAAUUGUGUGAGGUUGUUGUCACGGGGGUCAAGGUUAAUAAUAGUUGUGUGGAACAGAUAUUGAAUGAAGUUGUUGAGGUGAGUUAUGAAUGGAGUUUUAUUGAUGAGGGUGGUGAGAAGAAGAUUGUGUUUGUUAGGUUUAUUGAUGAUGAUUUGGCCAAGAAUGCAAAGCAGAUUAAGAGGUUUAUUGGUGUGCAUGGUGUUGUGGUGAAUGAAGUUGAGUGGGAAGUUAAUGUGGAGGAGAAUACAGAAAAGUUUAUAAAGGAUGUUAUUAAAGUUGAAAAUAUUGAUUUAGAUGAAUUGAAUGGGAAGAUUUCAAAGAUUUUAUCAAAUUCUAUGCAAGUAUGGAAUGGUGACAAUUUUGCAGAUUAUCAAGUUGAUGAGAGUGAAUUGCAUGACCUACCACCGGAAUCUUUACCACAGUUGAGAAAAGAUAUUAAAGAGUUUAGAUUAAAAGUGUUGGAGAAUGAAAAAAGGAAAAGGGAAAGGGAGUCAUUAGAAGAGAUGAAGAGAUCUAAGGUACAAUUGAGGAAAUUGUUUGAUAGGUUUAAGAAUGAAGAGAAUCAAAUGUUGGAAGAUGAUGAAGAUGAAGAGAGUGAAGAUGAUGAAAGUGAAGAUGAAGAUGAUGAACAGUAUGAAAUUUCAAGGAUUGAAAAAGAGAACCAAUUGGUGUUGCAAAAAUAUAAAGAGUUGAUGAAAGUUGUUGGAUAUCAAGAAUACAAGAAUAAAGAAUUAAUUGAAGAUUUAGAAGUAUUGAGACAAUAUGAAGUUGGAUUAGAUAAAUCAUUACAUCCGGAGUAUGAAUUGGGUAAAUUUAAACCAUCAAAUCGUGAUAAAUUGCUUGAAUUGGAACAAGAUGAAAAAGAUCGUCAACAGGAAUCUAGGGAAUUGGAAGUUGUUAAACAAAGUGAGAAUUUUUUAAAUAGUAUAAAUAUUCCAUUAAAGAAGAAGAGUGUUGGAUUGGAUGGGGAUGAAUUGGAACAAGUUUUGGAGAGGAUCAAGCCUAAAGUGGAGGGAUACAUUGAAGAGUUUUUAGGGGUCAAAGAGGAUGAAUUGUUGGAGUACAUAUUGAUGAUUAUUAAAGAGCAUCAGGAUAAACAAGAGUUGGUUAAAGAGUUGAAGGAGACGUUUGAUGAGGAUGCUGUUAAGAUUGGAGAUUUGAUCUGGGGAGACUUUGAGAGCGAGAGCCGAGGAAAUAAUAGUUAA